CGUUUUGCUAUCUUGAUGCAUCACUGCAAAACUCUCUGAGAGGAGGAUAAGAUCAGUGAUCAGCCCAACUGGCCACUCUCAAACACCUCUCCUCUCCUUCUCAAUCUCAAUCCCAAACCCACCAUGGCAAUGGCCUCCACCACAACAGCCCUUUCAUCUCUCUGCUCUCUCUCUCUCCACUCCUCUCCUCGCCUCUCUCUCCUCCCCUCCACCACCACCACCACCACCACUUCCAUCUCCACCCGCCCCUUCUCCUUCUCCUUCUCCUCCUCCUCUUCUCUCUCCUUCUCCCGCCCCAUUCCACCCAAGUCCUCCGACUCCGACACCUCCUUCUUCACCACCGACGAAUUCGACGAAGACGACGCAGUCUACGAGCCCCCCGAGGCCCCCGAGGGCUUCGUCGCCCCUCCCUCCUUCGACGAAGGCCCCAUGGAGACGGAGGAUGAGAUCGCCGCUGCCUACGAGGAGCUCUACGGCCCCGCCUACAGCGGCGUCAGUGUCCUCGGAAACGACAUCUACGUCAUGAACUCCAAGGUGAAGAAGACGGGAGGGUUUGGCUCCGGCGCCAAGAAGGAGAAGAUCAGGGAUGGCUUCGAGGAGAGGGUGGUUCAGGUCAGGAGAGUCACCAAGGUCGUCAAGGGAGGGAAGCAAUUGCAUUUCCGAGCCAUUGUUGUUGUCGGAGACAAGAAAGGACAGGUCGGCGUCGGCGUCGGAAAGGCUAAAGAAGUAAUCGCCGCUGUCCAGAAGUCCGCCGUCAACGCCCGCCGGAAUAUCAUCACCGUCCCCAUGACCAAGUACUUGACUUUUCCCCAUAGAUCCGAGGGAGAUUAUGGAGCAGCAAAGGUGAUGCUUAGACCGGCCUCCCCCGGUACUGGAGUGAUUGCUGGUGGGGCCGUGAGAAUUGUACUAGAAAUGGCAGGUGUUGAGAAUGCAUUGGGUAAGCAACUUGGAAGUAACAAUGCUCUAAACAAUGCCAGGGCCACUGUCGUCGCAGUGCUGCAAAUGAGGCAGUUCCGUGAGGUUGCUCGCGAGCGUGGAAUCCCAAUGGAAGAGCUCUGGAAGUGACGGAACAAGCUGUUUCAAUGUGCAGAUUUUUAUUUAUGGUGAUGAGGAGUUCUUGUAAUGCGUGGCUUCUUUACUUGGUAAGGAAGUAGAACCUAGGCUCACCUAAGUUAGGAUGUAUGUUUGUGAGAAUUCAUUGUUUUCUUCCCCCAACCCACAUUCUUUUUUCUUUUUUCUUUUUCCUUUUGUUUCGCAACAGAAUUGUAUCACCCUGAUCAUGCCUCUUUGGGAUUUGAAUACAAGAAUCUUGUUUACCUUUUGUUAUUUUCCUUUAUUUCAAAGCGUUGAAAGCU